UGCAAAUGCAUGAUGAAAAAGACUUGCACUGUGCCUUUAUGCAGUGUAGAACAUCUUUUUUUAAAGACUGAUUUCAAAUUUUUUUUUAUAUUGCCCAUGUUGCAAAAUUUUAAACAUAUUAAAAUAUUUUUUCAACCUGUGGGCAAGAAUUAUUAUAUUAUUUUAAUCUUGAAAUUGAAAUGGAGCUCAUGCCUGAGAGUUUUUAAAGUAAUUUACUUCCUUAGAAAACUACUGAUGCCCCUUACUGAAGGAAUGCCACGCCUCGAACAGUCACUUCUUUCAUUUUAAAAGUAAAGACAGCAAGAAAAAAGAUUUAUGUGGAUAGCUCAUGUAGUUGCUUUUGAGCUAAUAACUCUUCAUUUUUUGUAAAUGCCCAGAUGGGAUUGGAAAAAUAAAAUAUUUUGGGAAUAUAUUAGAAUACAGGAGAGUAGGUCUGUAAAAAUUUGGGGUGUGGGAACUUCUUUUUAAAUAAAGGACAGUGUUUUUUGGAAGAGAUGAAACUUUUUACUGAAGUGGUCACAGAAAGAGAUAAAUCAAAUCAAGGAAAGGAGAAUCGCCAGAAUGACUCAGCGACACUCAGUGACUCAGAAAUGUUUCGCCACGAGGUGACUCCGUGAGAUUAUUUCCCAUUGACUUCAGUCAGACUCACAGGAGAAGAAAACCUGCCAGUUGCCUCAGUUGCUAUUACUGAGUCUAUGCACAUUCCCGAAGGCAUUUGGUUCUUGUCCAGGGUUUCAGGCAAAGCUGCAUGAAGAGGAAAUGAAGAAUGGGAAUGAAACAUCUUCAGCAGACUUCAUUCUUCUGGGACUCCUGAGCAGGAGCAAUGUACACAUGUUCUCCAUGGCCAUGAUCUUAUUAACCUUCAUCGCUGCCAUUUCUGGAAAUGCUCUCCUCAUACUUCUAAUCAAAGUGGAUUCCUCCCUUCACACCCCCAUGUACUUUUUCCUUAGUCAACUGGCCUUCAUGGACAUCUGUCAGACUCUGAUUGUUGUUCCCAAAAUGGCAGCAGACUUCCUGACCCCAGGCAACCCCAUUUCUCCAGCUGGCUGUGGGGUUCAGAUUUUCCUCUCCUUGACAAUGGGUGGAGCAGAGUGCCUCCUCCUGGCAGUCAUGGCUUAUGACAGGUAUAUAGCGAUCUGCAACCCCUUGCAAUACCCUGUCCUCCUGAGCAAGAGAAUCUGCUUGGGUCUGACAGGUGGGGUCUGGAUCGGGACGUCUGUAGAUGCCUUGAUUCUUACAGCUUCUACAAUGCACUUGCCCUACUGCGGCUCUAAAAAAAUUAACCACUUUUUCUGUGAGGUCCCAGUCCUGCUCAAAUUGUCCUGCUCUGACACGUCCCAAUAUGAGACUCUGCUGUUUGUGUGUAGCAUCGUUAUGUUCCUUAUCCCUUCUUCCAUCAUAUUAGCUUCUUAUGCUCGUAUCCUUGCUGCAGUCCUCAGGAUGAAUUCAACCAGACAGCAGAAAGCUCUGGCCACCUGCUCCUCCCACCUGACUGUUGUAGGCAUGUACUUCGGGGCAGCCAUCUUCAUGUACAUGAGACCCAGCUCCUACCACUCCCCAGUGCAAGACAAGAUUGUGGCUCUCUUUUACACCAUUGUCACCCCAGUGCUGAAUCCACUCAUCUACAGCCUGAGAAACAGGGAUGUCUUAGGAGCCCUAAGAAAGCUGGUUGAGAAAUGCAGAGUCUUCCAGCAAAAUUGACAAACGCUGUAGUUUACUGUGAGGUACAGGGCUAGUAGCAACUGCCUCAAGCCACAACAGAAGAAAUUGAAGAUGGAGAUCAGGGGAACUAGCUGACUUUGGAG